GACGGGAACGUGCUUAUGUGUUGUGAUACAACCUCAGACAGACAAUCGCGUGAUGAACCUCACAGUUUGGUUCAAUAACAGUAAAUCAGGAUACUUCUUCAGAGCCCGCGCGAGCUUGUUUUCUUUGUAGAUCGCUCCUCCACAGGCGACAAAUGAUACGAUGGAAAAUUUAGAAUUGAGCCUGUCGUCACUGGGCACCAUAUCCAGACAUGUUGACAAAAGUCACAACGAUCUAAGCCAAUAUCUGUCCAAACAGAUAUGGAGCCAGCAGGACAGGCAGUGUAUUCUGGAGUGUUUGGCUCAGCUUCUGUUGGAGAAGGACUAUACUUUGUUGAUUGCUCGACACCUGCGGCCGCUGGUUCUGGACCUGUUGGAGCGUAAUGCAGAAAGGGUCAAAGCUGGUGGCAGGAUCAACCAUGACCUCCACGAGCGCCUGUGUGUGGCCCUCAGCAAACUCCUCGGUGUCAGUCCUGAUGCGCAGGCGUUUGCUGCAAGGUACUUCAAUGAUGCCCCCCCAGUGUUUCAGAGGCUCUUCUUCACCAGUGAAGAGUCAUCAGCUGUUCAGUAUGGCCCCAGGAGGAUGAAGCUGCGUGACCUCAUGGGUGCCACCCUACAUUUCCUCCAGAGUGAUUGUGCCAAGUUUCGAAUGCUUUGGGACUGGAGUCCUUGUGUAUCACAGCUGCUCACCAGUGACGUAAUGGUUCGAGGGUACACUGCCCAUUGUUUAGCACUGGUCUCUCAUAUGACCGAUAACCAGAAAACCAUCUUUCUGAGGAAGGUGCUUACAAGUGAUGAGAUCCUACACAUGAAAAUUAAAGCCUUGGAAGAGGCUCAGCAGCUUGAGGUAGAAAAAGCCUUAGUAUUAACCAAUCAGGGCUCUGUGAUGUGGCGCCAGGAGAGAGCUAAUAAAUUUACCAGGGGCCAGGUGGUAUCAGAGGACCUGUCCCAGAAUGUUGUGGCAGUCUGUGGUGUUGUCCUACCUAGGAUAGUUCCUAGACAGGCUGAGCAGGUGAACAAAAAAGAUCUGGUGCUGGUGGACUCAACCUGCCGGAAUCUGAGAAGACUGGCAUUGGCCGUGGCUUCCCAGAAGCCUGUGCUGCUUGAGGGCCCUAUUGGAAGUGGUAAAACCGCUCUGGUAGAGUUUAUGGCUGCUGUCACAGGACAUACAAAAACUACAGAGAUCCUCAAGGUCCAGCUUGGGGAUCAAACUGACAGCAAGAUGCUGCUAGGGAUGUACCGUUGUACUGACAUACCAGGGAAGUUUGUGUGGCAGCCAGGAACGCUGACACAAGCUGUAUCUAAAGGCCAGUGGAUCCUCCUGGAAGACAUCGACCAUGCACCUCUGGAUGUGAUAUCUGUACUCCUGCCUCUGAUGGAGAACAAAAAACUGAUGAUUCCAGGGCGGGAGGAUUGCAUCGAUGUUGCUCCUGGAUUUCAGUUCUUUGCAACGAGAAGGACGUACUACAGUGGUGGCAGCUGGCACAAACCACAGAAUUCUCAUGCAGCCCUGCUGGACAAAUACUGGACCAAGCUGCAAAUAGGCAACAUGACACGAGAGGAGCUGAAGAAGGUGCUCAUCAGCAGAUUUCCAAAGCUGACAGUGGUGUCAGAGCGUCUCCUGGAUAUCUACUGCCAGCUGACUGGAGAGAGACAUUCUGACCCUGACACAGGGAGCAUCCAAACUGCUGAAUGCAGCCAGCAGCACACAUCUGCAGACAAAAGCACACCGCUGGAGGGGAGAGCGCUCUCACUGAGGGACCUACUGAAAUGGUGUGAGCGGAUCAGCCUUAACUUUGAUAGCACCUCAGCAGCCACAGCACAACAUGUCUUCCAAGAGGCUCUUGAUUGCUUCACAGCCAUGCUGUCUCAUCCCGUAAAUCGACUGCGAAUGGCCGAGAUUAUUGGAAGCAAGCUCAAUAUAUCCAAAGAGAAGGCCCAGCACUUCUGCCAGAUGUAUCAGCCUGGCAUCAUGCUGACCGAGCUGGAGGUCUCCGUGGGCAGAGUGACACUGGGUCGAAAGCAGACUGAAGCAGUGCAGCUGAGUGUGGAGAACCAGACAUUUGCUGCCACACGUCCCUCUUCAGUGCUGCUGGAACAGCUGGCGGUGUGUGUAGCCAAAGGCGAGCCUGUUCUUCUGGUGGGAGAGACAGGAACUGGGAAGACCUCCACUGUUCAACACCUGGCCAGAGUCACAGGACACAGGUUGCGAGUUGUGAACAUGAACCAGCAGAGUGACACUGCCGAUCUGCUUGGAGGGUACAAGCCAGUUGAUCACAAGCAGAUCUUGCUCCCUCUCCGGGAGGCCUUUGAGGAUCUGUUCUCCCAGACAUACUCUAGGAAGCAGAACCUGACUUUCCUGGGUCAUGUGCAGACCUGCUUCAGGGGGAAGCGCUGGCAGGAUCUGCUCAAACUCAUGGACCAUGUCUGCAAGUCUGCUCUCACUAAGGAGCUGCAGGAGAAAUCAAAUGCUGCCUUGCUGCAGGAGCAGUGGGAGGCGUUGGCUGCCAAGCUGAGCCAGACCCAUCAACAGAUCCGAGCCUGUGAGACUGCCAUGGUCUUUGCCUUUGUGGAGGGAACGUUGGCUCAGGCAGUUAAGAAGGGCCACUGGAUCCUGCUGGAUGAGAUCAACCUGGCAGCAGCGGAGACCCUGGAGUGCUUAAGUGGACUUCUGGAGGGCAGUGCUGGAUCUCUGGUGCUUCUGGACCGGGGAGACACUGAGCCUCUGACACGCCACCCAGACUUCCGGCUCUUUGCCUGCAUGAAUCCAGCUACUGAUGUGGGCAAGAGAAACCUGCCUCUGGGCCUCAGGAACAGGUUUACUGAGCUGUUUGUGGAGGAGCUAGAGAGUGAAGGAGAUCUCCGCAUUUUGGUUUCAGACUACCUCAAGGGCUUGAAUUCACCCAGGAAUGUCAUCAGUGGUAUCAUAAGUUUUUACCUAGCAGUACGAAAGGAGGCCAACUCACAUCUGGUGGAUGGUACAGGUCACAGACCCCACUACAGCCUGCGAACCCUGUGCAGGGCACUGAAGUACGUGGCAGCAAACCCCUGCCACGGUGUGCAGCGCUCACUCUAUGAGGGUUUUUGCCUGAGCUUCUUGACCCAGCUGGACAGAAGUUCCCACCCUUUGGUCCAGAAACUGGUGUGUCAGCACAUCCUGAUGGGGAACAUUAAGUGUCUCAAACAACCUAUCCCGGCGCCCUCAGACCGGACAUGUGUGGAUGUGGAGGGCUACUGGGUGGCCCAGGGUGAGAUGGAGCCGGCUCUGGACCCCAGCUACAUCCUCACCACCUCAGUCAAACUCAACCUCCGUGACCUUGCUAGAGUGGUAUCUGCAGGGACUCACCCGGUGCUGAUCCAGGGAGAGACAUCUGUGGGGAAGACCAGUCUGAUCCGCUGGCUGGCUGCUGCUACAGGGAACCAGUGUGUGAGAAUCAACAACCACGAGCACACCGACAUCCAGGAGUACAUAGGCUGCUACUCAUCAGAUGACAGGGGCAAACUGAUGUUCAAAGAGGGUGUUCUGAUAGAUGCCAUGAGGAAAGGCUACUGGAUCAUCCUGGAUGAGCUGAACCUCGCCCCCACUGAUGUUCUUGAGGCUCUCAAUAGACUACUUGACGACAACAGGGAGCUGUUUGUGGCUGAGACACAGGAAGUCAUCAAGGCUCACCCAAGAUUCAUGCUAUUUGCUACCCAGAAUCCCCCUGGUCUCUAUGGUGGUAGAAAGGUGCUCUCCAGGGCUUUCAGGAAUCGCUUUGUGGAGCUUCACUUUGAUGAGCUGCCUACUGGAGAGCUGGAGACCAUCCUCCACCAGAGGUGCAGCCUGCCCCCAUCCUACUGCACCAAGCUGGUCAAGGUUAUGCAAGACCUUCAGUCCUUACGCAGAGGAUCAUCUGUGUUUGCGGGUAAACAUGGCUUCAUCACCCUCAGAGAUCUGUUCCGCUGGGCAGACCGCUACAGGCUAGCAGAGCAGACAGAGGUCUCUCAGGACUGGCUUCAGCAUUUGGCUGAUGAUGGGUACAUGCUGCUGGCAGGACGUGUUAGGAAGCCAGAGGAAGAGGCCAUUAUACUGUCCAUCUUGGAAAAGCACUUCAAGAGAACGGUGAACCCUGAAAACCUGUUCUCACAGAAGCAGGUCACCAGCCAGUUCAGUCCCUUCAUUGACAGCAUUGCUGGAGUUCCAGAGGAGUUUCGUCAUGUGGUGUGGACACAUGGCAUGAGGAGACUAGCUGUGCUGCUAGGACGAGCGCUUAGAUUCGGAGAGUCCGUGCUGCUCGUGGGAGACACUGGAUGUGGAAAGACUACAAUCUGCCAACUGUUUGCUGCUUUGGCUGGACAGAAGUUUUUCUCUGUCAAUUGUCACCUACAUAUGGAGACGUCUGACUUCCUGGGAGGUCUGCGACCUGUCAGACACACACAUCAGAAUGAUGGUGAGGAUGGCAGGCUGUUUCAGUGGCAUGACGGCCCUUUGGUGCUGGCCAUGAAGGAAGGAGGAGUGUUCCUCAUGGAUGAGAUCUCCCUGGCAGAUGACUCAGUGCUGGAGAGACUAAACAGUGUUCUAGAGACAGAGAAGUCUCUUGUUCUGGCAGAGAAGGGCAGCGGAGACAAUGAUGACGUGGAGCUGAUCAGAGCAGCUGCAGGCUUCCUUCUGGUUGCCACCAUGAACCCGGGAGGAGACUUUGGCAAGAAGGAGCUCUCUCCUGCCCUCAGGAACCGUUUCACAGAGAUCUGGUGUCCUCAGAGCAACAGCCGCAGUGACCUGGUUCAGAUCAUCCAACACAACCUGCGCUCAGGCCUCUCUCUCGAUGGCGGCGAUAUCGCAGAGCUUAUGCUGGACUUCAUCGAGUGGCUCACCACACAGGACUUCGGCCGGCGCUGCAUCCUGAGCGUAAGAGACAUCCUGUCGUGGGUUAACUUUCUUAACAUUGUGUGUGAGCGAGAUGAAGACGGCUUCAUGACCAUGGGAGCCAUGGAAGAUGAAGAUGAAGCGGAGUGGGACCUCAGACUGGACACUGUUACCGCUUUCAUUCACGCAGCAUGUCUGGUCUACAUAGACGGCAUCGGCUCUGGAACAACGGUGUCCUGUGCAGACAGCGCUCUGAUGGCACGCCGACUGUGCCUGGGCUUCCUGCAACAGCGGCUGAGCAAGAUGACCAACCUGGAUCAGGAGAUGCUAGACGCCCUCAGAGUCUAUGACAGCAACGUGCCGCGGGAACCACAGUGGGGGGAAGAUUUCUUUGGCAUUGACCCCUUCUACAUUGCCUUAGGGCCUCAGACCGAGAGCCGUAACCUGUCAGAUUAUGCCAUCGCAGCAGGCACCACUGCGGUGAAUGCCCAAAGACUUCUUCGUGCUCUGAAGCUGCAAAGGCCUGUGCUGUUGGAGGGCUCACCUGGUGUGGGAAAGACCAGCCUGGUGGCUGCGCUUGCAAAAGCGUCUGGAAACCACCUGGUCAGAAUCAACCUGUCGGAGCAAACGGAUGUGACGGAUUUGUUUGGGACAGAUCUCCCUGUGGAGGGAGGGAAGGGAGGAGAGUUUGCGUGGCGUGACGGCCCCCUCUUGGCUGCUUUGAAGGCAGGCCACUGGGUUGUCCUGGAUGAGCUGAACCUGGCGUCUCAGUCAGUGUUGGAGGGUCUUAAUGCCUGCUUUGAUCACAGAGCAGAGAUCUUCAUUCCAGAACUGGGAAUGAGCUUCCAGGUUCAGCAAGAGAAGACCAAGAUCUUUGGAUGCCAGAACCCCUUCACUCAGGGCGGUGGACGUAAGGGACUGCCCAAAUCCUUCCUUAACAGAUUCACUCAGGUUUUUGUGGACCAGCUCACAAGCAAAGACAUGGAGUUCAUAGGAGACUCUAUUUUCCCCAGCAUUGAUAAGGAAAUCAUUGCUAAAAUGGUGGAGUUCAGUAACAAGCUUGUCCAGGAGGUGUGUGUGGAGCGGCGGUGGGGUCAGAAAGGAAGCCCCUGGGAGUUCAACUUGCGUGACAUGUUUCGAUGGUGUCAGCUGAUGCAGGCUGAUCAGUCACCAGGAUUUUUCAACCCCGGCCAGCAUGUAGCUUUGGUGUAUGCUGACAGGAUGAGAACAGAGGCUGACAAGGCUCAGGUGCUUUCAGUUUUCAGGAAGGUGUUUGGAGUGGACUUUGAGCCUUACAGCGGCUCCAGAGAGUUCCACAUUACUCCACUCAACCUGCAGGUGGGCUUUUCUGUCCUGCAGCGCAGCGGCGGAGCCCCUGUGGCCCUGGAUCCCCCGCUGUCCAUCACACAUCAGGCACUGCGGCCCUUGGAAUCCCUGAUGAAAUGUGUGGAGAAAGGCUGGAUGACAAUACUGGUUGGGCCCACGGCCAGUGGGAAGACCAGCCUGGUGAGACUGAUAGCCCUGCUGACGGGCCACCGCCUCAGGGUAAUGGCCAUGAACAGUGCCAUGGACACAACAGAGCUGCUGGGAGGCUUUGAACAGGUGGAUAUCAUGCGGCCAUGGCAACAAGUGCUGGAGAGCGUGGACUACAUAGUUGCGAUGGUUAUAAGGCGGGGCCUGAUGUCGCUGGAUGUUGGCAUCCAGGACACAGAGUUCCUGCUGCAGACGUGGGGUCUUUUCUGCCACUGGCUGAAGGAGGAGGGUCUCCAAAGAACUGAGGGAAACAUCAACUCAGAGGCACUGAACAAGCUGGAGGUCAUCAUCCUCCUCCUGCAGAAGCUUAACACCAAGCUCAAAGUGUUCACUGACAUGUCCAAACUGCAGAUGGACUUCACUCUGCUGAAGGAGCGUCUGGCUCAGCUGGAGGAUGGCUGGACAAACGGUGGCUUUGAGUGGUUGGACGGUAUGCUGGUCCAGGCCCUGCAGGCUGGUGACUGGCUGCUCAUGGACAAUGUCAACUUCUGCAAUGCCUCUGUCCUAGAUCGCCUCAAUGCUCUGCUGGAGCCCGGUGGAUCUCUAACCAUCAACGAACGCGGUGUCAUAGACGGGAAGACCCCCAAAAUCACCCCACAUCCAAACUUCAGGUUGUUCCUGACCAUGGACCCUGGGCAUGGGGAGCUCUCCAGAGCCAUGAGGAACAGAGGGGUGGAGGUCUACAUCCCAGGGGAACAUGAGGGAGUCUGCUGGGACACACUGGACCUGAAGACCCUGCUUCACACGGCAGGGGUGACUGGGGACUGCGUGUGUGACCUGCUGAUUGAAAUACACAAAAGUAUCAAGUCUGCCAUCUGGGAUUCCCCUGCUUCAUCAGUGGCCUCCCUUCUCCAUGCUGCCACCCUGCUGUCCUGCCAGCUGCAGAGAGGGGUAGAUUUACCCAGCGCCCUGCAGCACGCCUGUGGAGAGGCCUACUCACUGUGCCAGCGCACCACUGCCAGCCAAAAGCAAGCCCAGCAGGUGAUUGAGCAGCGCUUGGCCAUCCUGGACACAGAGGACUGGGGCAGUGGGCUGCUGUGUGCUGGAGUUUGGCCUGAUGGCUUCCCUUCUGCCCUCCUCUCCACUGAGGAUUCAUGCUUCUCUGCUGUCCUCCGAGACGGACAGGUCCUCUCAUUCUGCCUGAACACCCUAAGCCUACAGGGCAAACGGAAUCGUCCACUAAGUCUGAGCGACCUGCAGAGGACGCUUCAGAGUAGUGGUGUCCAUGAAGGCCUCGUGUUCGCUGGAGGAGUGGUGGAUCUUGCAGACGGAGAUGCUCUGAGGCUGAUCCCCACAGCGGUGAGGCUGGUCACAGAGAGAGCCUCUCAUGGAGACUGGAUCCUGCGCAGCAGCUGGCUCUCACACCUUGGGAAGAGCUACAAACACAUUCCUGAUCCAGCUCUGGUCCAGGUGGAGGCAGGAAACAGGGCUCUGAAGGCUGUGUUUGGUAGCAAACUUGCAGCCAAGGGCAAGUCUCUCGCAGAGUUGCUCCAGCCACACAACAUCGAUGAAUACAGGAUUCUGGUGGACAUGCGAUGGAAUAAGCAAUACCUGGACAUUUUGGCAAACAAGUGCAACUUUGAGGACGAGGAAAGAUACAUGGAGUUUCUAGAGACACUGAAUGCAGUUGCCAACAGGAUUGUUCUGCUGAUGGACAGAGAGGAGCGCUCUGUUAUCUGCACCUGUGCUAUCAACCUGUCAGCUCAGAACAGUGCCCUGAGAAUAGCUACAGCCUUCAGUAAAGGGACUGUGGAUAUCGGUCACCUGCCCCACCCAGUGCUGAUGCAUCUAAGGACCUUCUUUGACCUGUGGGACUCAGUCACCCUGCAGGCUGUGCAGAACGGACAACCCUACAUCUCAGACCACAUCAUGUUUGAGAUCCUCCAGCUACUGCAGUGGCUGGAUCGUUUCUGGGAUGUGUGCAGCACACUGCCGGCUGACUCUCAGGGCAUCUCUGUGCUGUCUCUGCACUGGCAGUGGGUGCAGAAACACCUAAUCAUCCGACUGCCACAGCUGCUGCUGGGAGACAACGACACCACAUUUGAGGGUCACCAGGAGCUGCAGACGGUCUCAGCAGCCAUCCAGACGGUUCUGUCCACCCCAGUGUCUGUGGCCACAGCUCUGAAAGGCAUCCAGAAAACUCUCGGCAAAGCUUUGCCAUUCAAGUUGGAGUCAGUGGCUGAGUGUGCGUCUCGGCUCAGGCUGCUGAGUAAAGCCCUGGAUGUGAGCGAUCUAAGGCUGGAUGGCGCCACAGGUCCCUGGAGGCAAGAGCUGGUCAGACUUCAGGGUGCCGGGCUCGGGCUGGACGUCAAGGAAAGUCUGCUGGAAGCAUUCGGCCUUGUUCUGUUGGCGAACAACCAGCUGGAUUCUCAGAAGUCUGGAGUUUUGGAAAGAUUGGUAUUGAGUGUGGAGCAGCAGCAGCGACAGAUGACCUCCAGAGGGCUCCUGGAGGUCUGCUCCCUGCCUGAGGCUGAGCAGUCAGGAGACGGAGUCCACCUGGCCAGGGAAGAGCUGCAGCAGCUCAGCCGCAGGGCUCAGCUCUGGCCCCUCAUGGAAGAACUGGCUGUUAUCAACCAGCUGCGACUCAGCACGGACCUGCUGCUCCUGGCUCUCUCUCCUGGUGACCAGGAGGCUGAGGACAGCUUACGCCAAGAACUCUCCAGACAUCUGCGCUUCUGCCUACAGUCCACGCCAAUGAAUGUCAGUCAGCUCCAGCCACUGUGGUUCCUGCUCAGCAGUGACAGGCCCGCUGAGGAGCUACAGUUUGUUUGGUGCGAGCUGUUAUCAGAAGCUCUUGCUGCCCUGUGGACCAGCAGUGUGACCUCAGCCCCUGACCUCUGGCUGAAAUGGGACCCACUGAGAUCUGAGAGCCAACCAGCUCCUAAGCAGCACCAUGGAGCAGACAACAUGGGACCAGCCUUGCUGAGUAAAGCAGUGUGGUCGCAUUGCAUCCUGGGAGUGCUCAGCAGCAGUGAGACUGGAGGUCGAUGGGAACCAUCAGGUGCUGCCCUCCUCUCCCUCUCCCAUGUCACCCUGGGGGAGUGGAAGGAGAGAAUCCAGCAGCUACAGGAUGUGUCUGCUUUGUUGUGGGACAAUAUGGCCAUCCCGACACUGGCUGAGUUCAGGGGCUCAGACUUCAGGCUCCAAGGCGCAGUUCUGCGGCGGCAGCUUCAAAGCAUGGCUGACCUGCUGCCUCCCAGCCUGCAGGAGGGAUACAUGGAGAGCUGUGAGAGCCUGGUUGAGGACCACGACCCUCUGAUAGCUGCCCAAGAGAUCCAGACCGUCUUCAGAGACUUCCUGCCUCCCAAUCUGCUCCCCGACGGACUGGUGGAGGCCUGUAUCACCUGCCUACAGCAGUAUGUACAAAGCAAAGUCCAAGGCUCCAACCAGCUGGCCCGCUCUGGAGUGUUCUGGGUCAACAUUGGUCUGCUGCAGAUUAAAGUGUGGACACCACAGACCAUCUUUGACCCAGCUGUGAAGAGGGCCUACAAACUCAACUACGCUCAGCAGGAGCUGGCUCUGCUGCAGGAGGAGUGGAGAGCACGCAGCCUAUCAUCUCAGCUGAUGACUGGAGCAGAGCUGGAGGAGAGCAGCACCACCGAUGGAUUCCAGCAUCCCAGAAUAAGGUACCUGUGGAUCCGUAUGCAGCAGGUGAAGGAGCAGAUAGCUGAGCUCUCCAGGAAACAGGCUUGUCGCCCUCAUGAACCACAGUACGGUCGCCUCUUCCAGGAGCUGCAGCACUACCUCUGCAGCAUUGGCCAGGCAUCUGCAGUGGAAGACCUCCUGUCCCACCUUCUCAAGGCCCUGCAGAGCUCAUCCUCCUCCAAGUCUAGGUCGGCAGUGCAGGGCCUGCUGAAGAAGGAGGCUGUGUGGCAGAACUCCCAGCAGCGCUUCUGCAAUAAGCUGCUGGAGGAUUAUCCCUUGUACCCCGAUGUGGUUGGGCCGGUUCGGACCGGCAUCCUCCAGCUCCGACACGGCAUGAGGCUGGUGGCCUCGCAGGUGGCCGCCUCGCUCACGCCUGUGCCUGGUCUGUCCAAGUUGGUGGUCUGUCUGCUGGCCUUCCCCUCCCUGUCCCACAGCCUACCAUCCUACCUAGCCCGGGCAGACUUCCUCUGCUCCAGGACUUGCAUGGAUGUUCUGCGCUGCCUUGUGAAGCUUCUGCCCCAGCAGCAGGACCCCGAGCAUGUAGUCCCCCUGUCAUCCACACUACUCCUGAACGCUCUGCUUUACCUGCAGUGCCACACACUUUCCACCGGAGAGUUCAGCCAAGAGACACGCAGCCUCUUCAGACACAUUUGUCAGGCCCUUGUGAAUGAGUGGGAUGAGCAGGAGAGACGAAAGAGAGAACAAGAGCAGCUGGAGGCCAGUCUGUACCGUAACCGCAGUCGGCUGCAUGGCUCAGGACUGACUGAGGAAGAACAGGACGAGAGGGACUUCAGACAGCAGUUCCCUCAGUUCAACCAGGACUUUGCAGACAUCAUGUCCCAGCCAAGCCUGGAAGGUCCAGCAGACUUGGGACUGAAGGAGGAGGUAGAGAAAGUCCAGGAAGAGUCCAGUGAGAGCAGCUUCCUGUCUCCAGCUGCCAUGAACACCAUGGUUCAGGUCCAUCAGCGCCUCUGUCUGGGAUAUGCAAAGUCACUGUGGUACCAGGGUACAACACCAGCCAAUCACAGCAAAGAACACAUCAGCGCCCUCAUCUCCUCCUAUCAGAUUGCCUCACCUAUGAUGUCACACUUCUAUCAUCUGAUUGAUGCUGAACUGGACCAGCAGCUGACUGGCAGUGAACUGCUGCUGUCCACCCUCCUGCAGAACACAGUGCAGGGCUCAGGGGGUCUUGAUAGUCUAGCUGUCACCUCAGAUGGACCUUAUGACUUCUACCAGCAGCCCAACAUGAGCGAGGCCCGGCUGUGUCUUCCUGUCCUAGAGCAGCUGAGUGUCGCUGUCAAGCAAAGACUGGAGGACUGGCCAGAGCACCCAGCUCUCGUACAGCUGACUGUGGUGAUGGAGAGGAUCAUGGCGUUCAGCCUGGCAAGCCCACUGGCCAAGUUCCUUAAUGGUCUGGAGAUCCUGCUCAGCAAAGCACAGGACUGGGAGAAUAACGCCAGCCGCUCCGUCUCUCUGCGGAAGGAACUGGAACCAGUCACCCAGCUCAUUAUCCAGUGGCGCAAACUGGAGCUCAAUUGCUGGUCGAGCAGUCUGGACAAUGCAAUGAAGCGGCACACUGAGAAAUCAACCAAACACUGGUUCUCUAUCUACCAACUAGUAGAGAGGUAUCUGGAGGAGCAGAAAAUGGAUGCUAAUACAGGUGAGGAGGUGGAGUACCUCUCUCUUUCCUCAGUGUCCUCCACCCUCCAGGCCUUCAUGGAGGGCUCCACCCUGGGAGAGUUCCACACCCGCCUUACCAUGCUGCUCAGCUUCCACUGCCACCUCCUGCUGGUCACCAACCAGACUGGACAAGAGUCAUUGUCCAGUCUUCUUUGGAACCUGCACAAAUACUACAGUCAGUUCUCUGACUGCAUCCAGACCAGAAUCAAUCAGCUCCGACAGCCCAUCGAGAAGGAGCUCAAGGACUUUGUCAAGAUCUCCAAGUGGAAUGACAUCAGUUUCUGGUCCAUCAAACAGUCAGUUGAGAAAACCCACCGGACUCUCUUCAAGUUUGUUAAGAAGUUUGAAGAGGCUCUGAAUGGCCCAAGUGUUCCCUCACUGGUGGAACAGGGAAGUAGCGCCAGCUUGGACAGUGUGGAUGCCAACCCAGAGGAGACUCCCAUCCAUCGGGUUCACCAGGCACUGAAGAUCGCUCUGCCUGGGAAGGGUAGAGAUCUGCAGGAUGAGGGCCCAAGUGAAGGAGUUGAAGCUUCAUCUCUACAGGGACGUCUUCCUGUUCUGUCUAGGAAGAUGAAGAAAAUGUGCAAGGAGCUGCUGAAGAAACACCCAGUGCCUGAGCUGGCUGAAGACCUGGACUGCUUCACUGGCGAAGUCAUCAGCAACUUGCGGGACCUGCAGAGCCUAACCAUCGACACAUCAGCAGAGAAAGAGAAGCAGAAGGCUGAGGUGAAGCACAUCCUGCAACAGAAGCAGAGAGCUCUGUCAGACCUAUUCAAGAUGCUCACAGAGAUAGGUCUGUCCUAUCGUAAAGGCCUGAUGUGGAACAGGACAGCUGACCCAGUGAAAAGCCUCUGUAUGCAGCCUCUGGAGAUGAACACCGCUCUUUCUGCUGUCAGGAACCAGGAACAGGCGGAGAGCAUGUUGUUUACAGAGUUGUUGACAGCAUGGGAUGGAUGUCAGAAGUACUUCUAUCGUUCAUGGGCCAGGAGAACAGCCCUGCAGACUGCUCUUCAACACGCUGCCAAGGAGCUGGGCCUGGGAAACAUAGAGCGCUGUAGAGGUUUCUCCUCUCAUCUUUUCAAGCUGGUCCUCAAACAAAGGGAGCGACUGGCCAAGCUCACUGAGCAGUGGGUCCGUCUCAGGAGGUUAACAAACAGCAUCCAGGGUCUCAAGGCCCACCUGCAGAGCCACAGUGAGGACCCGGGGUGUGCCCUCCCACCCCAGGCAUCUCUUCAUGGUUGGGUCAGUAGAGGACUGGCACUGGCUGCCCAGUGCGCCACCGUCCUACAGCAGCUAGCCUGGCUGCAUCAGUGCUGCCCGGAAGACCUCCAGCUGAAGGAGGAUACCAGCAGCUGCAGGCAGCACACCCUGAUGUGCCCGUCCCCGCUGGCAGCACAUCGCCAGCCCCCGGGCUGUCUGAUGCGGAGAGGAGAUAGCGCCUGGUGCCAGUUAAACCAGCACAUGAACACGAUGUUGAAGCAGGUGCAGAGCCUGAAGGUGGAACUGGAUAAUGUGGCCCGGCAAACCUCUGAGAGGGCACUCUACACAUGGAACCAUUUUGCCACAUGCUGCUCAUCCUUCGACCAGCUGGGAUCUGUGGUAGCUCAGAUGCCCAGCGUGGAGCAGCUCUUCACCCCGGCCACAUGUGUCAGCGGUGGAGCCAACCAGUCAGCCAUCACCCAGAGCCUGCAGUAUGUCAGAGGACAGGUGGAGGCUGGCAUCACUGAGUUCACCACCUGGAAGACACAGCUGCUGUCCCUGGAACACCAGAACUCAGCUGACCAGCCUGCAUUCUGUACGGAGUUCUCUGCUGAGCUGGAGACGAACAUCAACACAGUGCUGUGUGCUGUCCAGACGCUUGUGAAGAGAAGUGAGAGAGAGGAACAGAGAGAGCAGCAUGGAGACAUUAAGAGAGAAGGUGCUGAAGAAGAGGAGGGGGAUGAAGAACCUGUGGAGGACCUGCUGAAACCUGGUCACCUCACUCGACUCCUGGAGGAGAAGCUGGCAGCAGAGGUGGAGGCUCUGUGUGUGGCAGAUGUUGGUGGUGGCCUGGAGAGGCUGCUGAGCCACCUGAGGACACACAGAGACUCCUGUCAGCCGCCACAACUUCAGGAGGUAAACACGGCGUGCAGGAUGCUGGUGCGCCUGGAGCCUUUGCUGGGGAUUUACUCUGACCUGGUGCGUUACUACCUGUCUGUGUCACUGGGAGCACACAGGAGCACAGGCAAACUGCUGUCUGUGCUGGCCAGCAUCUUCACUGAGCUCGCUCAAAAGGGCUUUUGCCUGCCUCAGGAGCUGAUGGCUGGUGGAGAUGGAGAAGGUGCCACAGAGUUUCAUGACUACGAGGGUGGUGGUAUAGGAGAGGGCGAGGGCACCAAAGACGUCAGCGACAAGAUCGAGAAUGAAGAUCAGGUGGAGGACACUUUCCAAGAGGGCCAAGAAAAGGAAGAACAGGAGGAUAAAGAAAAAAUCAAGGCAGAAGAUAACGCUAUUGAGAUGUCAGAGGACUUUGAUGGUCAAAUGCAUGAUGGGGAUGAGAAUGAACCAGGUGACAAUGAGGACUCGUCUAAAGAGGAUGAGGAGGAGCUGGAUAAAAAGAUGGGCGACCUGGGUGACGGACAGACGGACACUCUGGAUGAGAGAAUGUGGGGAGAUGAUGAAGAUGAUGAUGAGGAAGAAGGAAGUGACAAGGAGGAGGAGUCAGGCCAGGGCAUGGACCAGGGUGAGUCAGAGCUGGUGGCUAAGGAUGACAAUUUGGAUGCUGCAGACCCCAACAAGGAUAAGAAAAAACAGGACAAAGAUGAACAGAUCAAUGACGAGGAGAAAGAAAAAGUCAAUGAACAAGGAGAUGAGAGGGAGUUUGAUGAGAAUGAAGUGGACCCAUACCACGGUCAGCAGGAAAAGCGACCUGAGCCUGAGGCCAUGGAUCUGCCUGAGGAUCUCAAUCUGGACCAGGAUGAUGAGGAUGGAGAUGACGGAGAUGGCGAGGGUGAUGAGGAGAAUCCAUGUGACAUUGACGAGAAAGCUACAGCCCUGGAUGAGAAGGAGGACGGACAGAAAGAUGGAGAUGACGAGGAGAAGGGAGCAGAGGAGAUGGAGCAGGAAGACACAGACCAACCAGGAGAGGAGAACGGUCAGGAGCCCAAGAUGGAAGAUGAUGAUGGUGAGGGAGGAGGAGAGAACACAGAAGCAGACGAGGAAUCUUCUGUGAAGGAUGAAGAGGAGGGGGAGGAGGAAAAAGAGGAAAGAGGACAGGAGGCAGGAAAAGCCGAAGAUCUGGCUCUUCCAGAUGACAAAGGAGAAAAACCAAAGGAGGAGGAUGAAGGAGCCGGUGAAGAUGAGGAGCAGCCAGAGUCUGCUGAGAGGAAGGAGCACAACACAGACGGUCAGACUGGAGAGCAGAAUGUUCAGAGCGAUACAGCUGUAGAGCUGGCAGGAGAGGCGUCAGAGAGAGACCAAGCUAAAGAGGAGCAUGGGAGCGGAGCCGCUGAUGCCAGCCAAUCAGAGGGCCACCAGUCUAAGCUGACGGCAAGAAUGGCUUCACAGAUGCAGAAUACUCAGAAGACUCAGAGCUUCAAAAGAAAACCUGGCCAGGCUGACAACGAGCGGUCAACAGGUGACUACAAUGAACGUGUUAACAAGCGACUGCGUACAGUGGAGAGCAGCAAGGAUUGUACUGAUGACAGCAGGCAGAGUGACGCCCAGCAGGAGUCAGACCUGUAUGAGCACAUCAAACAGGGAGAGACAGCCUAUGACACACAGACAUAUGAUGUUGCCAGUGCUGACCAACAGAAAGCAGCAGGGCCUCAGCAGGACCAGGAUGAAGACCAGAACGACGAGGAUGUUGCCAUGGAAACAGAGAGUCAGGAAGAGGACCUUCAGGCUGCUGAGAUCCAGGAGCUGAAGCCUGAGCAGCUGGACUCUACCAAGGCCUCCCAGAAAGGUGUUGACAGUGGAGAGAUGGAGGUGCAGAAUCAGGGAGACAGCGAGGAGGAGGAGAAGUGGAAGGACCGACUAAAUCUCAGAGAAGAGGAGCCAGCAGAGAGAGGCACAGAAUCCACAAUUCACACAGUUCCUGAGCUGCUGCUGGACACCAUGCAGAAAGCAGAGAAAGAUCCAGAGGAGAUCAGGAGGGAGAUGGAGCUGCAGUUGGAGGCCUGGACCAAACUGGCCCCAGGAACUCAGGAGGAGGAGAGUGCAGCGGCCUCCAUGUGGCACCAGUACCAGAGUCUGACCUCAGCUCUCUCCCAGCAGCUGUGUGAGCAGCUCCGCCUCAUCCUGGAGCCCACGCAGGCCGCCAAACUCAAAGGUGAUUACCGCACAGGGAAACGUCUGAACAUGAGAAAGGUGAUCCCCUACAUCGCCAGUCAGUUCAGGAAAGACAAGAUCUGGCUGAGGAGGACCAAGCCCAGCAAGAGGGAGUACCAGAUCUGUCUGGCCGUGGAUGACUCCUCCAGCAUGGUGGACAACCACUCCAAACAGCUGGCUUUUGAAUCCCUGGCAGUGAUAAUCAACGCCCUCACUCUGCUGGAGGUGGGACAGGUGUCGGUGUGCAGUUUUGGCGAGCAGGUGCAGCUGCUCCACCCCUUCCAGCAGCAGUUCAACGAUGAGUCGGGGGCCCGGAUCCUCAGACUCUGUCAGUUCCAACAGAAGAAGACCAGAAUAGCACAGUUUUUGGAGACUUCCACAAAAAUGUUUCUAGCGGCACGACAGCAGAUUCCUGGAUCUAUAAGCUCAGAGACAGCCCAGCUGCUGGUCAUCGUGUCUGAUGGCAGGGGGUUGUUCCUGGAGGGGAAGGAGCGAGUGAUGGCAGCUUUGCGUACAGCACGCAGUGCAAAUGUGUUCAUCAUCUUUGUGGUGCUUGACAACCCCAACUCACGGGACUCCAUACUGGACAUCAAGGUGCCCAUAUUCAAAGGGCCAGGCGAACUGCCAGAGAUCCGCUCCUAUAUGGAAGAGUUCCCCUUCCCCUUCUACAUCAUCCUGCGAGAUGUCAACGCCUUGCCGGAGACCCUGAGUGACGCACUCAGACAGUGGUUUGAGCUCGUCACGGCAGCCGACCAGUAGACCAAUGAGAAGCCAUCUUUCACAGGAUGGGAGGAGUGGGCAGCAACCAACUGCACAAUGCCGUUCUGCUGCUAGCCUCUCAGCCACAACAAAAGGACUAAGAAAAAAAAGGAGGAUUGCCGCUGUACAUGUGCCUUUAUUUUGUUAUUUUUACUGUAGAUUUUAGUAGAGUUUGAUAGAAACCUUUGCUGUUGUGUCCUUCUUAUCAGGGGAAUUCUCCGUUUCUUUUGUAUUGUAACAGGAAUUGCUUUAAAUUGCACGUCUGAGAUGAAAUGAUAGAAACAAAAAUGUGAUUUCCUUGCGUGUGAAACACCUCAGUGAAGAGUCAGUAAAUACCUCUGUCCCUGUUGUACAAUAGCUCUGAAAUCAUGUUUGUGUGGAUGUUUUAGUCAGUGUUACCAAGCUCAUCAAAUCAUUUAUCUUCAAUGUGAACACAACAACAGAUGCUCAGAGCUGACAAAGCUGAGUUGUUGGAUUGUGUUGUGACAGAACCCUUCCUGACGUUGUGACCUAACAGUAGCAUGUUAGUGUGGUCAUGACUGACAUUCAGAAGAACUUCAUAAUGUGCCUUGGAGAGGAAAACAGUAUUGCAUCUGACUUCACACCUGAUAGAGCUGUUGGGUUGAUGAUAAGAAGCUCGCUCACAGCUCUGUCCGGAUUUUUUGAAAUUCAGCUCUCAUGCACUUUGAAGCACAGGGACUGCAGAUUUGAUAAAUGCCCAAGUAAAACCCAUUUUAGUGGUUUAAAGACACAUAUCUGCUGUGUUCAUCUUAUAUCCAUACUGCUAAAUCAGAGCUCUGAACUGCGACCAUUAUAAGUAGGUGUUGAUAUGUGCAUUGAAAUGUUUAUUAUCACCUCUGUGUUUUGUAAUGUGGACUCAUGUACGCAGGCGGUCAUAUUUAUGAGGUUGUUUCUUCAUUGCAUCCAUGUGUUAAACUAAGAAAUGAAUGAUUGUGUGACAAUAAACCAUUUACAAGGUUA